AUGGCGACACCGGUCACACCAGUGGCUGAAACACCUUCUCAACCCAUCUCCGUACUCUCUACUCAACCAGCCCUCUUCUUCGCCAACCUCCAACCUAUCCUCCUACUCGGCACUGUCCUCUUCAGCUUUCGCAGUCUUGUAGCGAAUCCGGUCGGUACGCUCCUUGGCCUCGCACCUACGGUCGCCAUCGUACAGACGCUCUAUUGUGUGAUAUGUCUACCGAUCGCGGCACAGGUAGAGGAGGCUGGCAGGAAGGCGGCGAGUAGAGCAGGAGCGGGGGUGGGAGUGGGAGUGAAGAAGAAGGGGACAAAGACAGCACAAGAUCCUGAUAUCUGGGCCAAGCUAGUUCCUGCCUUUCUCUCCAUGACCCUCACACUCGUCCUCUCCACACCACUGCUCUACAUCUUCACUGUGCUGUUCGGUGCACCACUUAUGACACACAACGCCCACACGCUGCUACUUGCACUCCACCUCGCUCUUCUGGUAACGCCACAUUUGUACUACGUCCACGGUCUGGAUGCUCAGACAUGGCUGCGAAUAGCGAGUCUGCAGCUUCCACUGGAUGAAACGUACGGUCUGAGUCUGGGUGCUUUGGCUGGUGCGUGGAUGGGAGCCGUGCCGAUACCAUUGGAUUGGGAUAGGGAGUGGCAGAAAUGGCCAGUGACUGUUGUCGUUGGGAUGUACAUUGGGGCUGUGGUUGGGAAGCUACUGGGAGGGUAUGUGGUCAAGGGAUGGAGGAUCAAGCUGUCGUGA